CUUGCACAUAUAAUCUUGUGUUUUCUUCAGUCAGUUUCACCAGGUAACUCGCCACAAACUUUUCUGACAUGAAGGUUUUUCUCAUAGUUUUCAUACUAGGAAUAUAUUUCCAGUUGUGGUUGGUUGCCCGGGGAUCGGGCAGCAAUGAAGACUGGAGAGAGAUGGCCCAGACCUUGCGGGAACAGAACCUAAGACUAGAACGACAGAACACGAGAUUGCAACAGGUAUUCACUGGUUUAGAGCACAUGUGCGCUGCUUUAGGCAAGGGAACUCAGGAAAGACAGAGCCUCAACGACUCCAAUGAAGAGGCGAUUCUGGAGAUCAAGUCCGUGAGUUCAACGGGGUUACUUACAGGCCAGGACUACGUGAACGUUUCGGUCACCUACAUAGCGCCAAUAAAUCAUGCCGUUUCGUUCACCUUCAUCUACAAGUCUAACCUUAUAUGGAACACAGCUGGUCAUAUACGUCGAGGGAAGAAGACACACGAGUAUACAUCAACCGUAAAGUUAAAUGAAGACGAUCUGGACAAUAUUUCGUAUGGAUCAUUUUUAGUGGACUCCUUAAAUGAAAGUAUAAGCGUCGAUAUAAGGAUCAGCGCAGUUUCCUUCGAUACCACGAGUGCUAUGCCUGAGAAACGAAGUGAUUAUAUCCGAUUUAAUUCUUCUGAAAUUUCCUUACCAAAUGAAAACACUUCAGUAAUAGGAAUUUUAAACGAGGAUUCAAGAAAUGGACAAUUUCUGCGAGAUGUUGAAGUUCAGUUCUACGGCAUUGACACAGGAGAGACUCCACCUUCUGUUAUUUUAACGAAUCCUUUCCAAAUUGGAGAAAUAAAUAAAAUUCAUCUAAGUUCCACGCGGCAUAUAACGGACGACAGUAGUAAAAUUACUAUAACAUUAGAUAAAAGCUUGGUGCAAAAUGGCGGUGUUCUUGAAAUUGCGCACCCGUAUGAUGUAGAUAAUGCCACUUUGGUUGAGAAAUUGAUGUAUCUUAACAAAGUUAAGGUAAAGGUUAAGGGCCAAGACAACAAUACUAAACCUGCACUGUUCAGGGGUCAGAGUUAUGUAUUCAUUAACGAAACAAAACAAAGUUUAAGAUGUUUAGCCAUGGGAAGCAAAGCUCCGUCGGUGUCCAUGGUGAAACUGCUGAAGAACGGGAGGGAAAAACUUGUAAGAACAGAAAAUAUGUUGUACGAUUCUAUGAUGACUUUGAAAAGUCUUACCUUUGACACUUCAAAGAACUAUAAAGGAACUUACGUUUGCAGAGCUACUCUUGGAGAAGCAACAUCGGAGCAAACUUUCAACGUGAUGCCAUUCGAGCCUGCAGAAUUUGACCUUAGCAAGACCGGGGUUGUGAAGAACACGACGGACAGUGUUGUUCUGUCCUGUAAAGGUCGUGGUAGACCGAGGCCGAAAGUUGUACUGCAAGUGUACAGCGAGAACGGACAAGAAAUGACAUCGCCAGAGUUUCAGAUAGAGGAGCAAAUCAAAGGACACACUUCUCGUAAAACUGUGACAUUGCCGUCGGAGGAGGUCAAAACCGUGCAUACUGUGCUAUGUACUCUGCUGCAAGAAGAAGGACCACACGCAUACGAAUCUAAACCCAAGUACAAGAUUGAGAUAUUUCCUGGUUUGAUAAUGGAGGAAGACUUUGACCGGUUUCCCAACACUACUUCUCUCUUUUAUCGAUAAAAUAGCGCUCUUUAUGUCGUGGUUGAUUUAGACUUGGCACGCCCCUGUCAACGGAGAUCAGCAUAACGACAUAGUGUUGUUUUGUACAAUGGCAACUACAGUAAUAUUUAUCGAAACAUGUUUCGAUUGAAAGAGUGUUUUCUUUUGAUAGAUAUAUUCUUGUAUUUGUAGUUAUAUAAAGUUUUUAGUAUUUAUUGGACAACUGCAAGAAGGUUCUGUUUAAUCUGUGUCAAAGUCAACGGUUCUGUUGACGUAGCAAAAAGGAUUUAUAAUGAGUUAGUUGGUGCAUAAACUUUCGGAGAAGAUAGAUUACGUUGCACGACGUGUAAAUAGAAUUGUAAAUGUUGUGAUUUGCAACUACUUUAUUAUCACUAUUAUGUUAGCGAUAGUUUCUUUGGGAAAUACCAGCAGUUUUAGUUAUGUUACCACUAUUAGAAUUAUACUUAUUUCACUCCUUUUAUAGUCAUUACAUAUCAUCUUAUAUGUGCGUUGUGUAUUGACAAUAUUCUAAUUGAAUAUACUUAUAAAACUUU